AUGCCUCUCAAGGAAUCCACAGGUUCCCCUUCCACAAAGCAAAGCUAUGAUUUACCUGGCAAGAACCGGCCGUCUGAAAUCAUUUCUUUCACCACGCCGCCGUUGGAAAAGGAGAUCAAGAUCACCGGACAUAUUGUCGCUCAUCUCAAUGUCUCCGUCAGCCAGAGCCCCGAUGGCCCCGUUCCUUCUUACUUGGACUUGUUUAUCAGUCUUCGACAUAUCUCGGCCCAGGGCUCGGAGAUCCUCUAUACCGGUACAACCGGUGAGGGUGCGCCGGUGACCAAAGGCUUCCUCCGAGUAAGCAUGAGAAAGACAAAGCCUGGUCAUCCCCUUCAUCGACCUUGGCUCCCCUACCGAGAGUACCGUUCUACAGAUGUCCUCCCGGUCGUACCUAACGAAAUCUACUCCGUCGAUAACGAGCUUUGGCCCACCAACGUGGUCGUGGACGCGGGAAACAGACUUAAUUUGGAAAUCAGAUCGGGCGACACGGCUUGCACCGGACUUUUCCAACACAACGAUCCCAUUCAUAGACCUGAUUCUGUCUUCAAAGAUCAAAACCACGUCCACUUCAGCCCGGAUCAUGUCAAUUACAUGAUACUGUCAAUUAUUCCAAAGUCCUUUACUGCUUAG